AUGAAUUCAAACAAACGCAAGGAAAGGCCAAUUGCUAUUGAGAAGGGUAGAGUAGCAAAGAGGACCAAGGGCGGAUCCGGAGGAAAGUGGCAAACUCCACAUCAGCAAGCAAAGCUAGCCUCUAUUCGUGGGCGUGGAAUAAUCGAGCCUGGAGAUGUUGGUAUUUGGGCAACAUGUGCGAGAGGGCAGGAAGGAAAGGCAACGGUAGAGCUUCGCAGCCUACUGCACAAAUUUGCUGAGAAGUUUUAUGGCAUCGUUGGUGAAGCAGAAGAAGACGAUGAGGAGGACGAAGAUGAUCUUGACAUCGAGGCCGCCAUUCAGAAGGAGGCCGCAGCCAUUGAAAAUCAGAAAGGGAAACCUAAACUUUUCACCACGGCCCGCCUUGACAUUGAGUGUGUCUUGUUCGUCAAAGUCCGCCCGCCCAUAGAUCCAGUUGACUUCGUUCAUCGGAUUUGCAAGGAGGUAGCGUUAAAGCCAGAUGCUGCGGGGACGAGAUACAUUAAUCGACUAACGCCAAUGACUAUGAUCGGGAGAGCAACUGAGAAGGGACUUGAGGAAGUGGGGAAAACUGUGCUUGGAGAAUACUUUGAGCUGAACAAGACCACGGAAAAUUCCGAGGAUAACGGAGAAAUCAAAAAGGAAGAGAAGCCAGAACGAACAAGCUAUUCGUACGCUAUUCGGCCUACCAUACGCAACCACAACACUCUCAAGCGAGACGUGGUAAUAAAACAGAUUGCUUCGUCAAUCGCGGAUGUCCAUAAAGUUAAUCUCACUAAGCCGGACAAGGUCAUUUUAGUCGAGAUCUAUCAGACAAUAUGCGGAAUGAGCGUUGUAGGAGAUGAUUGGGAGACACUCAAGCGAUUCAACUUGGCUGAACUCUCCAAACCUAAAGCUUCUGUCGAGGCUGAAUCUAAAGCUUGA